AUUUAUAUCCUCUCUUGUUUCCUCCAUUCUCAGUCCAAUUUUGCAUACUUUCAUCUCUCUCUCUCUCUAAUGGCGACGCCCUACUCACCAAUAAUGGAGCAUGAUUAUGAAGAAGAGAGGUCUACACCAAGUGGGUGCAAUUGCUUUCAGCUCUUCUCCUUCAAAUGGCAUCAGAACGACAAUGAAUAUGAAGAUAGAUAUCUUCUGAACCAGCAGAGGGGAGAAAAUCAAAAUGGAGAAUCAUGGGUGGCGAAUCAACUGAAGAAGAUGAAGGAGGCUUCAGAGGUUGUGGCAGGACCAAAGUGGAAGACUUUCAUUAGGAAGGUCAGUGGAUAUAUGAAGAACAUGAAGAAACAAAAAAAUAAUCAGUUCCAAUAUGACCCAGAAAGCUAUGCUCUUAAUUUUGAUGGUGGUAAUGGUAGAGAAGAUGAUGAUUUGCUUCUUCCUGUUUUCUCUUCAAGGCUUGCUUCUGCAGAGCAAAAACGACAGGAUGGGUUGUGAUUUUAGUGUUGUUCUGCAUUCAUCCAUGGUUGUUUCAUUGAUUUCUUGUGUGUAAAGCGAUUUGAUUAUUAUAUUGGCAAUUUUUUUAAAAAAAGUUUCAGAGAACCCCAGUUUUCAAUUCAUCAGGAGUUGGGUUUGUUCAAUCUUUCACUUUUUUUACAUUCAGAAGAA